AUGGCCCAACCCCCACUCGAGACGUUCCAGAUCGGUUGGAUAUGUGCCCUGCCGAUCGAGGCUGCCGCCGCCAAAGAAAUGCUAGAUGAAAGCUUUGGCAUUCUCGACGUGCAAGAUUCAAGCGACUCAAACACCUAUACCCUAGGUCGAAUCGGCAAACACCACGUCGCGAUCGCCUGCCUCCCAGGCGGCCAAUACGGAACUACGUCGGCCACGACUGUCGCAAAUAAUAUGGUCCGCACCUUUUCGAAAUCUCUGCGGGUCGGGUUGAUGGUCGGCGUUGGCGGUGGAAUUCCGUCGGCUACUCAUGACAUUCGGCUUGGUGAUGUUGUGAUAAGCUGCCCUGAAGGCACCUCUGGCGGAGUGCUUCAAUACGAUAUGGGGAAGGUCGGUACGAAAGGAGAGUUUCAUCGAGCUGGCUCUUUGAACAGCCCUCCUAGGGCCCUGUUAGCAGCAAUCAACUUGAUGAGGGCCGCCGAGCUCACGGAUGAUCCUUGCUAUCCUGAAUAUCUCCUCAAGGCGAUCGGUAGAACGGCACGCACUCGGAAGAACUUUGACCGACCACAACAAGACCGGUUUUUCAAACUCGAACACAUUCAUCCUACGACUGCAAGCACUUGUGAUGGAUGCUUACUAGAAUGGGAAGAAACACGAAGUGAACGUGAGACCAGUGAUCCACAAUCCCACUACGGUAUUAUUGCAUCUGGAAAUGCUGUUAUCAAGGAUGGAUACACGCGCGAGCAGCUCAGGCUCAACACUGGGGCCUUGUGCUUUGAGAUGGAGGCAGCUGGCUUGAUGAUGGACUUCCCUUGCAUUGUUGUUCGCGGAAUCUGUGAUUACGCCGAUACCCACAAAAACAAGCAGUGGCAAGGAUAUGCGGCCUUGGCAGCGGCAUCAUAUGCUAAGGAGCUGCUAGGGUAUAUACCUACAACCCAUGUGUCGCAAGAGAAUUUGGUGGUAGAUGUGUGUUCGGGACUCAAAGAGGAAAUCGAAGGCACCAACAAGCGCUUGGACCGAGCAUACAACCAACAAGAACAACAUCACAAUGAGCAGAAAUCAAGAGCGUUGACAGAUCAGCAACAACGUUGUCAUCAACUUUUUAAGAUUUCAAACUACGAGGAGCAAAAGAACAUCAAUCCCAGAAGAGUGGAAGGAACCUGUCAAUGGGCCCUACAGAGCGCUGAAUAUAUUCACUGGUGGGAAAGCAGCAGCAAUGAUCUUCUAUGGGUGUCAGCCGACCCGGGCUGCGGCAAGUCUGUCUUGGCGAGAUCGAUCAUCGACGACCACUUCCAAGGUUCUAGCUCAGCAGUGACAACGUGUUUCUUUUUCUUUAAGGAUAAUGAGGAACAGAACCAUUUUGCUACCGCACUAUGUUCAAUACUACAUCAACUCUUCAGCCAACGACCUCAUCUUUUGUCCCAUGCGCUACCGUCCUGGGAGAAAAACGGGGAGAAACUGCGACACGAGGUUGACGAGCUUUGGCGAAUCUUUAUAACGGCCGCAUCGGCUGACGUAUCCCACAAGACGAUUUGCAUAUUCGAUGCCCUCGAUGAAUGCCGUGAAUCGGAUCAGGGCCGAUUGAUUGAGAAGCUCCGGUUCUUUUACCAUCAAAAAUCGCCAUCGACACAGGAUGCCUCCUGUUUAAAAUUCCUAGCCACUAGUCGUCCCUACGAUAGUAUACAGGAUCAUUUUCGAGCAAUCACUGAUUCUUUCCCGCAUGUACACAUCAAGGGUGAGGAAGAAAAUGACCGAAUUCAUGAAGAAAUUGAUAUAGUGGUGAAGAUUCGAGUAAAGGAACUGGCCGAAGAAGUGCCUCUAGCUCUGGAGGUCCACGAGCGAGUCGAACAGCAGCUGCUUCACAUGGAACACCGUACUUAUCUCUGGCUACAUCUAGCUAUUGAUGAUAUCCGAACCACCUUCAAGCGCAGCCUUCGGCCUGCAAAGAAUUCGAUCACACUGAUACCACCUUCUGUGAAUGCAGCAUACGAAAAGAUCCUCUGUCGAGUUCCUGCAGACCAUAUGAACACAGUCAAGAAGAUCUUGGAGAUCAUUGUGGCGGCACGACGUCCUCUAACAAUACGAGAGAUGGCUGUGGCGCUAGGCAUUGCCACUUACUCCGAGGCACGAACAAUAAUGGAGGCCGGGCUGGAUCUAACCCAUCUACAGAGAAAAAUUCGAAGUUUAUGCGGCUUAUUUGUCUUCACUAAUAACUCCAAAAUCUAUUUGAUCCAUCAAACUGCCAGAGAGUUUCUGAUUCAGAAGGAAAUCUCGGCCGAUCUGAGUUUCGCAUAUUGGAGCAGCUUGAGUCAUGCAGAAGACCAGAUGGCUCAGAUCUGUUUGCGAUACCUCUUGAUGGAAGGUUUGGAAGACGACAUAGGACAGUCGAGCUCUAAUAUUCGGGAUUUCUUAGAGUAUUCAGCAGUACAUUGGCCUGAUCACGUACGGAAGACUGCUUUGACAUUAGACAUGGAAGGGGUUAAUCAAGUACAUAGAGUAUAUGAUAUGAGUGAAAAAAGGCUCUCGCUGUGGUUUCCAAUUUUUUGGAAGGCAAUGAUGCCAUACCACCGUGUGCAUUUAAUGGAUUCACUUCACCUGGCAGCAUUUAACGGUCAUAAAGAGGAGGCUCAAUUUCUACUUACUGUCAAGAAACACGACAUCAAUACGGCAGACGAAACAGGAACGAACGCAUUGGCCUGGGCCUCGAAGAAAGGACACGACAAGGUUGUGGAGAUGCUGCUCGAGCGAGGAGCCGAUGUCAACGCCCAGGGUGGAGAGUACGGAAAUGCGCUCGUCGCUGCUUGCUCUGAAGGAUACGAACAGGUUGCAGAGAUACUGCUUGAACGAGGAGCGGAUAUUAGCGCCCAGGGUGGAGAGUACGGCAAUGCGCUCCAGGCUGCAUGUUUUAUGGGACGCGACAAGGUUGUGGAGAUACUGCUUGAGCGAGGAGUCGAUAUCAACGCCCAGGGUGGAUACUGCGGAAACGCUCUCCAGGCUGCUUGUUCUGGAGGAUACGAUAAGGUUGUGGAGAUACUGCUCGAACGAGGAGCCGAUAUCAACGCCCAGGGUGGAUACUGCGGAAACGCUCUCCAGGCUGCUUGUUCUGGAGGAUACAAACAGGUUGCAGAGAUACUGCUUGAACGAGGAGCGGAUAUUAGCGCCCAGGGUGGAGGGUACGGCAAUGCGCUCCAGGCUGCAUGUUUUGGUGGACACGAUGAGGUUGUGGAGAUGCUGCUUGAGCGAGGAGUCGAUAUCAACGCCCAGGGUGGAUACUGCGGAAACGCUCUCCAGGCUGCUUGUUCUGGAGGAUACAAACAGGUUGCAGAGAUACUGCUUGAACGAGGAGCGGAUAUUAGCGCCCAGGGUGGAGAGUACGGCAAUGCGCUCCAGGCUGCAUGUUUUGGUGGACACGAUGAGGUUGUGGAGAUGCUGCUUGAGCGAGGAGUCGAUAUCAACGCCCAGGGUGGAUACUGCGGAAACGCUCUCCAGGCUGCUUGUUCUGGAGGAUACAAACAGGUUGCAGAGAUACUGCUUGAACGAGGAGCGGAUAUUAGCGCCCAGGGUGGAGGGUACGGCAAUGCGCUCCAGGCUGCAUGUUUUGGUGGACACGAUGAGGUUGUGGAGAUGCUGCUUGAGCGAGGAGUCGAUAUCAACGCCCAGGGUGGAUACUGCGGAAACGCUCUCCAGGCUGCUUGUUCUGGAGGAUACGAUAAGGUUGUGGAGAUACUGCUCGAACGAGGAGCCGAUAUCAACGCCCAGGGUGGAGAGUACGGAAAUGCGCUCGUCGCUGCUUGCUCUGAAGGAUACGAACAGGUUGCAGAGAUACUGCUUGAACGAGGAGCGGAUAUUAGCGCCCAGGGUGGAGAGUACGGCAAUGCGCUCCAGGCUGCAUGUCUUAUGGGACGCGACAAGGUUGUGGAGAUACUGCUUGAGCGAGGAGCCGAUAUCAACGCCCAGGGUGGAAAGUACGGCAAUGCGCUCCAGGCUGCAUGUUUUGGUGGACACGAUGAGGUUGUGGAGAUGCUGCUUGAGCGAGGAGCCGAUAUCAACGCCCAGGGUGGAAAGUACGGAAAUGCGCUCGUCGCUGCUUGUUUUAGAGGCCACGAUAAGGUUGCAGAGAUACUGCUUGAGCGAGGAGCCGAUAUCAACGCCCAGGGUGGAGAGUACGGCAAUGCGCUCCAGGCUGCAUGUUUUAUGGGACGCGACAAGGUUGCAGAGAUACUGCUUGAGCGAGGAGCGGAUAUUAGCGCCCAGGGUGGAGAGUACGGCAAUGCGCUCCAGGCUGCAUGUCUUAUGGGACGCGACAAGGUUGUGGAGAUACUGCUUGAGCGAGGAGCCGAUAUCAACGCCCAGGGUGGAAAGUACGGCAAUGCGCUCCAGGCUGCAUGUUUUGGUGGACACGAUGAGGUUGUGGAGAUGCUGCUUGAGCGAGGAGCCGAUGUCAACGCCCAGGGUGGAGAGUACGGAAAUGCGCUCGUCGCUGCUUGCUCUGAAGGAUACGAACAGGUUGCAGAGAUACUGCUUGAACGAGGAGCCGAUAUCAACGCCCAGGGUGGAAAGUACGGCAAUGCGCUCCAGGCUGCAUGUUUUGGUGGACACGAUGAGGUUGUGGAGAUGCUGCUUGAGCGAGGAGCCGAUAUCAACGCCCAGGGUGGAAAGUACGGAAAUGCGCUCGUCGCUGCUUGUUUUAGAGGCCACGAUAAGGUUGUGGAGAUACUGCUCGAACGACGAGCCGAUGUCAACACCCAGGGUGAAGACGAUUAUAAUGCGCUUUACACUGCCUGCUCUAAAGGACAUGACAAGAUCGUGCAGAUGCUGCUAGAGCGAGGAGCUGAUGUCUACACCCGGGGUUAA